AUGAACUUCGUUCAGUUGGCAUUGUGUUUUUCGCUUUUCCAUUCCAUAUUUGGCGACGAGACCCGUUCUAAAUCACUAUGGGAUGAGGAGAUCCAGGUAUAUAUCAUUAAAAACGAAAUACUUUAAUCAAAUAUUUCCCUUUCGCAGAAACCCAUUUACCACAUUCAGCGCAUCAAUAUUUUUGGCUAUUCGCUUUACAUGAAGGUCUCGGCCUAUAAGAAUGCCAAUAACAGCGCCUUUAGUCUCAAUGUGGUCCUUCAACAAGAGAUGGGCAGUAAUUUCCUGAUUAUGAACCUAAAACUUAGAGUCCGGCCAAGUGAAGGUACUACUUUCAUAACCCUGCUCCAGUUAAGGAAUCUGGAUUUAUGCGGUUUCUUCACCGAGUAUUUCAGCAACAACAUGAUGAGGUAUUUUCUGAAAUCAGAAAUGCAGUUUAGUGAUGUCAUAACGUGUCCUGUUCGAGUUGGUAACUACUCACUGAAAAACGUGGCAGCCAAGGAUAUUUAUCCACCGAAUGUGCAGAAUGGAACUUAUAAGUUCUUCGUGGAAGUUGUCGAGGGCACCGGAGAGAUAGCAAAAGUUUUCGCUCUACAGGUGACCACAGAAAUCCGCGUACCAAGUGGCUCGACAUAA